AUGUUGCAUGCAGUGCCGCGGCGGGCGCUGCCUGCCCUGGGGGCGACGGGCCGGACCGCGGGCGCGGAAACGCGCGCGAGGCGGGUGCUAGUGACGCUGGGUGGAGGUGCGCGCCCCGUGCGGUGCCACGCGACGGCGGAGAAGGCGAAGGGGAAGAGCGGAGGGGGCAAGAAGCAGAAGGAGAAGAAGCCGAACCCGCUGGACAAGUACGAGGCCAUCAUCGGCAUCGAGACGCAUGUCCAGCUGCUGACGAAGACGAAGGCUUUCUGCUCGUGCCGCAACGAGUACGGCGCGCCGCCCAACUCGCACGUGUGCCCAGUCUGCAUGGGCCACCCUGGCACGCUCCCCUCUUUGAGCGCCCAGGCGGUUGCGCUGGCCCUCCGUGCGGGCCUCGCGCUCGGUUCGGACAUCGCGCGCCACUCCAAGUUCGACCGCAAGCAGUACUUCUACGCCGACCUCCCCAAGGGCUACCAGAUCUCGCAAUAUGACGAGCCGCUGUGUUCUGGCGGCAGCGUGCAACUGCACAUGCCGGACGGCAGCGGCGUGCGCGAGUUCUCCAUCGAGCGCGCCCACCUCGAGGAGGACGCGGGGAAGCUCACGCACGGCGGCGGCGCCGAGGGCGCGGGCGGGGACCGCCUUGCGGGCUCGGAGCACUCUCUGGUGGACUACAAUCGCGCCGGUGUGCCGCUGCUGGAGAUCGUGAGCGGCCCGGACAUGCGCAGCGGGCGCGAGGCGGCCGAGUACGGCUCGGAGCUGCGGCGCAUGAUGCGCUACCUCGGCGUCUCGGACGGCAACAUGGCGGAAGGGUCGAUGCGCUGCGACGUCAACGUGAGCGUGCGGCCGCGCGGGCAGGAGGCGUUCGGCACCAAGGUCGAGGUCAAGAACAUGAACUCCUUCUCCGCGAUGGCGAAGGCGAUCGAUUUCGAGAUCGAGCGGCAGGUCGGCCUCCACGAGGAGGGCCGCGCCGCGGACAUCGUCCAGGAGACGCGGUUGUGGGACGAAGGCAAAUCCAUGACCUACAGCAUGCGCAAGAAGGAGGGCCUCGCGGACUACCGGUACUUCCCCGAGCCGGACCUGCCCCCGCUCGACGUGACCGACGACGACCUCGCGGCGGCGCAGGCGGCCAUGGUGGAGCUCCCGCACGCGCGCCGCGAGCGCCUCCUCGCCGAGAAGAUCGCGCUGAAGGCCGCGUGCACGAUCACGGAGGACCUCGAGACGUGCGCGUACUUCGACGCGGCCGUGGCCGCCGGCGCGGACCCGAAGCAGGUGGCGAACUGGGUGGUAGGCGACCUCCAGGCUCACUGCAAGAACGAGCGUGUCGGCUUCGGGGACCUCCCGCUGACCCCCGCGCUGCUCGCGGAGCUCAUCGCGCUGAUCGACCGCGGCGUGAUCAGCGGCAAGAUCGCGAAGGAGGCGCUCCCGGACCUCCUGGCGGGCGGCGCCGGCGACGGCAGCGUCGAGGAGUACGUGCGCUCGAAGGACCUCGUGAUGAUAUCGGACGAGGAGGGCAUCAAGGCGGUGAUCCGCGCGGCGAUGGAGGCGAACCCGGGCCAGUUGGAGCAGUUCCGUGGCGGGAAAGAUAAGCUGCAAGGGUUCUUUGUGGGCGCGUGUAUGAAGGAGUCCGGGGGGAAGGUGGACCCGGCGAUGCUGAACAAGCUGAUCGGGCCGAUGCUGCGCGGGGAGGUCGAGUGA